AACUCGGCUUCUGCGUUUAUAUUUUAGUUGUGGAAGGUUGCGCAGGAACAUCUGGUGUCGGAUGCGUGAAACCCCCGGAUCCAGUGAUACUGUACUUAUGUAUACAACAGCAGGGCAUGGAGCGAUAGCAGCUGAAACACAAAUGUUCCGAAGAAGUCGGCAGAAAUAUCAAGUACCCGCGGUGAGAAAAGACAAGGGAAAGGCCCGGAAUGAUACGGGACCUCUGAAGUUUCUCUGGAGGACUUGUUGAACUUUGGACCUGCAUCUGAUAGAAGACCUUCGAGAUCAGAGCAAAGAGAUGACGAGCCUCGAAUUCAGUCAAAUAACCCGGUGUAAAUAUCCCUGCAGCAGCGAAGUGUUCCAUUCUGCGAUGCCAUUGUCAAUUGUUCCUGGAAACUCAGCGAAAGAAUAAGAGGGAACUCCUGAAAGCUGCAUAACUGAACCGGACAGGAGCGAGACGAGACGUUUUUCCUGGGGUUUUUGUAAGCGGCACAUCUUCGUAUCGUUCUCCUGGUCCAGCAUGGGGGAUUACAUCAACUCUCCUCACAAGUCACGCAAGUCCUGGAUUGAGGAAACCUUCUGCAAGAGAGAGUGUGUGAAGUUUAUCUCAUCGUCUCGGAACCUGCACAGAUGUGUCCCAGUUUGUCAAGUGUGCCAAAAUCUCAUCAGAUGCUGUUGUGGUCGUCUGAUGGCAGAGCACUCCUGGCAGGAGUCGCUCCCUCCAGUAUCCAUCUGUCAUGGUUCUGGUGAAGAUGUGGAGGAAGACUGGGCCAUUGAACUUCACACCAAAGCCACUUCCACUGAUGCUUUUGGAACCAUUGACUUCGAGGACACGGCUACACGUGUUUGCCGAGCCAAGUAUGUUCGGGUGGCGGUGGACUCUAAAACAGAGUCCAUACUCCAGUUGAUGAUCAAGGAGUGGCAGAUGGAGAGACCCAAGCUCUUGAUAACUGUCCAGGGGGGGUCGGAAAACUUCAGUCUACCUCCGAAAGUCAAACAGGCCUUCAGCAAAGGGUUGAUGACUGCUGCUGUCAGCACCGGGGCUUGGAUUCUGACUGAUGGCAUCAAUACAGGCGUGUCCAAGUAUGUCGGUGAGGCAGUGAAAACAUUUGGCAGCCAUGACUUGAGAAAGAGGAACACAGUUGGAAUCACGCCGUGGGGAGUGAUUGACAACCACACUGACCUCAUCGGCAGAGAUGUCUUCAGGCCGUACCAACCACUGGGUAACCCACUGAGCAAGCGAGCCUGUCUGAACAGUUUCCACUCUCACUUCCUUCUGGUGGAUGAUGGGACUCUGGGAAAACAUGGCUGCCAGCAAGACCUCAGGAGGAGGUUGGAGAGACUCAUUCAGCAGCAGAAAAUCCAUCCUCGGUUAAAUCGAGGAGUUCCGGUGGUGUGUGUUGUGUUAGAAGGAGGCCCUGCGAUUGUCUCCUCAGUGUUGGACUAUGUCAGUAGUGUUCCACCUAUACCUGUGUUUGUGUUUGAGGGAUCUGGGAGGGCAGCUGACCUGCUUGCCUUCUUACACAAGUUAACGGCUGCUGAAAGACACUUGGAAGCCGACAUCAAAGAAGACUUCCUGGUCAGGAUCCGAGCUGUGUUCGGAGUGAAUGCUGCUGAAGCUUCUCACCUGUACUCACUCCUGCUGAGGUGCAUGGAUCACAGGCAGUCUAUAACCAUCUUUGACUCCGAGUCCGACGAGCAGGUCUCUCCUGAUGUGUCCAUUUUGACUUCAACUCUCAAAGGCACCAACGCCAGUCCUGCAGAGCAGUUGAGUAUGACUUUGGCGUGGGACAGAGCUGACAUUGCCCAAGACCAUGUUCUUGUGUAUGGACAACAUUGGAAGGCUGGCUCCUUGGAGCAGGUUUUGCUGGAUGCUCUGGUGAUGGACCGUGUCGGUUUUGUCAAACUUUUAAUAGACAAUGGAAUGACAAUGAAUCGCUUCCUGACUGUGUCUCGUCUGGAGGAGCUCUAUAACACGCCAUCUGGACAAAGUCACCAUUUCCUUCACCACCUCGUUGAAGAUGUCAAACAGACUUCUCUCCUGCCCAGUUACUGUCUCACUCUCAUUGACAUUGGCCUGGUGAUCGAGUACCUCAUCGGAGGUGCUUACUGCAGCACCUACACCAGAAAACAAUUCAGAGCAGCUUAUGGUCGCUUAAAGGGCAAGGAUCGGCGAAACAAUUCUCCCAGACUAUCAACAAGUGGAUUCCUUAUGAAUUCAGAGCAGGGCAGGAAUUUUAAGCACCAGCAUUUCUGCAGAACUGCUCAGCCAUACAAACAGAAAGAGCAAGAAGCAGCGCCUGCAAAUCGUCAAGUGUUUGAUUCAAGUCCUGGCUUCGUUGAGGCUCCUCUGCUUGUCCCAUUCAACUUCAACGAUCUCUUUGUGUGGGCUGUGCUUCAGCAGCGGCAGCAAAUGGCACUUUUUCUGUGGAAGCAUGGCGAGGAGGCCCUUGCACGUGCUACUGUGGCCUGUAAACUCUACCGCUCCAUGGCCUUUGAGGCCCGGCAGUGCAGCCUUGAUGACAACAUUGUAGAGCGGUUCAGCUCGUAUUCACGUGAAUUUGGUCAGCUGGCUGUGGAUGUUCUAGACUGCGCAUUCCGUCAGAACGAGCAGAUGGCAAUGAAGCUGUUGACUUCUGAGAUGGAGGCGUGGAGCCACUUCACCUGUCUGCAAAUGGCUGUUUCCUCAAACAAUCGAGCUCUGGUGUCACACUCAUGCACUCAGACCCUCCUCAAUGAUCUCUGGACCGGGCCUCUCAACAUGAGGAAGAACUCUUUCCCUAAGAUUAUUCUGAGCCUUUUGCUGCCUCCUGCCUCCCUGCUUUUGGAGUUUAAAAGCAAAGCCGAAAUGAGCCACGUGCCCCAGAGUCAUGAAGCAUUACUGUUUGGAUCUGACCUUCCAAAGUCGCCUGCAGUCAAUGAGGAAACAGACCGCAGGGGCAGUCAUGAUACCGAGCGUGGCUGCAUCUGUCCAGCACUGCAUGAGCGAUGCCCCAAAUGUCUGUCAGAAACGGUCACUUCUGUCGCAGUUUGUUUUUUUUCUGGGAUCACAAAAAUCUGUGAGGUCUACACUGCUCCUGUGGCCAAGUUCUGGUUCCACACUAUCUCGUACUUGGCAUUUCUAGUACUGUUUUCCUACACCAUCUUGGUAAAGAUGGAUGAUAAGCCAAGCAUUCCAGAGUGGCUGGUCAUUGUGUACAUCCUGACUACUGCAGUGGAGAAAACCAGAGAGGUUGCGAUGUCAGAACCCAGGAAGCUGAGACAUAAGCUGAGGAUUUGGUUUUCUGAGUAUUGGAACAGAUCUGAUGUGUUUGCCAUCGGCCUCUUUCUGGCUGGACUUGUUUUCCGUUGGCAUGAGCCAUUCCGCACAGCUGGCCGAAUUUGUUACUGCUUAGACAUCAUAUUUUGGUUUGUCAGGCUGUUUGAUCUGCUGGCUGUCAACCAACAUGCGGGCCCAUACCUCAUGAUGAUCACCAAAAUGACCAGCAGCAUGUUCUUCAUCGUGGUCAUGUUGGCAAUAGUGCUGCUGGCCUACGGAGUGUCCAGAAAAGCCAUCCUGUCCCCAAACGAGGCUCCGUCCUGGACACUGGCACGCGACGUUGUGUUCCAGCCCUACUGGAUGAUCUACGGAGAGGUUUAUGCGUCAGAGAUGAAGAACUGUACAGAUGCUCAAUCAUGUCCUCCUGCCCACUUUCUGCAGGCGGUGUACAUGUUUGUGCAGUACAUCAUCAUGGUCAACAUUCUCAUAGCUUUUUUCAACAACAUAUAUUUCGACAUGGCAUCAACAUCCAACAAGCUUUGGAAGUACAACCGUUAUCGCUUUAUAAUGACCUACCAGGACAGGCCGUGGCUGCCACCACCCUUGAUCCUCUUUAGUCACAUGACCCUCGGCUUGAGAGCCAUCUAUAGGCGGCUAAGGGGGCAAACAGGACAUGAUGAAAAAAGGACUGGACUUAAGCUCUACCUCAGUCAUGAGGACCGGAAGAAGCUUCAUGAGUUUGAAGAAAAAUGUGUGCAUGAAUUUUUCCAUGGAAGCCGUGAUUCCCAGCAAUGCAACCAGAAAAAUCGGAUCAGAAUCACAGCUGAGAGAGCAGAAGAGAUGUCCCUGAUGGUGGGGGAGGUCACCGAGAGGGUCAGCGCAAUACAGGACAGCCUUUCAGAGUUGGACUGUCAACUCGGGAAACUACAAGACCUUUCUGUGUUGGCUGUAGACACAGUGACCCUUCUAUCUGCUUCGGACAUAAGAUCAUCUCAACACGUUCUUCCACACAGCUGGAGUCUCCACCACAGUGAUGAGUCAAAUGUGAAGCGACUCAUGGCCCAGAAGUGCAAAAGUACACCAUCCUCGUUGCUCAAGGGUAAUCUAUUAUCCAGCAGAUGGGUGUCGCAGGAGGGCCAAGUUGUUGGUCGGAUGAGGGAGGGGAUUGAGGAACGAAAGAAAACACAUUUUUCUGAUGGUUUUCGCCCUAUUGAGAGGCGGCCUGCUCUGUCUAAGUCGGCCUUUUCUCAGUUUAGUGGACGUGGAUAUCAUUCAAGUGAUCUGCUGGAUCAGAAACUCUGUGAGUCCAACGGGGCGUCACGCUGUGGAUCUUCCCUUUCAAAUAAGACUGCGGACAGAUUAGUGCUCCACUUGCAGCCCAGCCAGGAGGACACAUCUAUGGAAGAAGAGGAGUUUGAGGACUUGAAUGAUGAUGACAGCAGAUCGGGGGUGGAAUUGUUAGAAAAGGUUUCAAGUCUGCCUUUGACUAGAACCGACACCAAGCCUCUGUCUGCAAACCCUGGAUUCAGUCUGGAUGACAGCGAACCCAACAAUCUGGAAAUGAUGUUUCAACCAAAGGACAGAUUCUAUGGCCAUUGUAGGUCUCUGUCUGCCAGCGUGGAGAACAUGACCUUUUCUGGACCAACCUUCAGCCCACAGAGAGAGUCGUAUACUCGCAUUAAUAAACAAAGGGGGAGCAAUGGUCAUGUGAUAACUCUUGGGGAAGAUGAUUCUUUACAAUGCAGCAGGAGAAGAGAUUGGUCCAAGUCCUUAGACUUGUCUCAAGUGCUUGGCGUAAGAAGAACAAUUCACUCAAGAAAGACUGUCAAGAUCCAAGGCAUUUCACAUCUAUCGGACACCUCUUGGAGGAGACGCCAGAGGUUGGAAGAUAAAGCUACGUGCUGGUCGGCCUCUGCCAGCCUCAGUCAGCUCAAUUUUGAGCCGGUGGAUCGCCCUCUCAGGCUGAAGCCUUCUCACCAGGAGGUUUGGAGCCCCAGUCCUUCAGCAUGGAACAGCUGGACCAGAUCUGUGAGCCCCAGGUUCUCUUUACGAAGUGGAGUUGCAUCUGAAGCUCCCAAGAGCAGGAUCUUCCAGUCCUCGGAGGAUUUGUAUCCACAUUACUCAGCCAUGGAAAGGAACAAUCUGAUGAGAUUGGCUCACAGUAUCCCGUUCGCUCCUGUCUCUCCGAUGGGAGGAGACGAAGUGAGUGUCUACACACUGAUGGAGCUGCCCUCAGCAACUGUCUCGGGUUCGCCUGUACUCUCCUCGUGGUCGUCGCAGGGCUUAUCAGCCGUGCUGCAGCCCCUGCCGAGCGAGGAGGGCUCUCUGGAUGGGGGCUUGAGACAGGGCUGCCGGGUGCUCUGUGCUUGGGCGGAGUCUAACGUCCUCCGACCGGGUCUGGUUUAUGUGGUGAAAGCCUUUCGACCUGAGGUGGUCGAUGUUUGGCAGAAAUUCUUCCAUGGUAGCACAGCGCUCCAGCUCUGCUUAAGAGAGAUCCAGCAGCAGAGAGCUGCGCAGAAAAUGAUGCAUGUUUUCAACCAAAUGAAGCCUGCAGACAUGCACUUCUCACCCAGAUUUCUUGACGUGUCUCUGGUUCUAUGGCACUCAAAUGGCCAAUGGCUGACCAUAGAGAGGGAGUUGCCAGGAAGAUUUCGGAAAUACAACAAUAACACUGGAGAGGAGCUCAGACCAGAGUGUUUUCUGGAAGAGUUGCUACUUGCUUUUUCUCACUGGACCUACGAGUACUCUGGCAGGGAGAUGCUGGUGCUCGAUCUACAAGGAGUGGCAGAUGAGUUAACUGAUCCAACAGUCGUCAUGGCCUCUGAUCAAAGCAGCUGCAGAGGCGAGAUGCUGUUUGGUCCUGACAACUUAGGAGAAGCUGCCAUCCACGGAUUCCUGCGAAAACACGUGUGCAGUUCCGUCUGUGACCGACUGGGCCUGUCAGGGAGGCCUCUGGACCAAGAGGUAGAGAGCGGCGCCGCGGUGGGUGCGUCCGACGAGGAAGAAUAUGAUUCUCAUAAUCUAUGAAGCAGAAAGUAGGAAUUCACCAGCAUCUUAAUCGUAUGUUCGGUCACGCUGCGGCGUCAUGAUAUUUCAGUACAUCAUUUUGCUCAUUGUAGUAUAUAAACAAAGGCGCAGUUAUCUCUAUUUUUCUAUCGUUGUGACUACUGAAGCACGUUGAAAAUUCUCCACAAGUGAUUCAAAGAAAGCAACUCUGGAAUUCACCCAUAAAAUGUCUUUUUAUUUCGUCUUCCCACAUCAAAAUGUCUACAAAAGCGAUAAAAUAUAGAAUUUUAACAAAAAUGACUCCAGACCAUAACAUUGUAUGUACAUUUCAAAGGAGGACUCUGUGAGGGUCCUGCAUAGCGCUGAACUUGUACCCACUCUGACCCGCCACAUGAGAAUAUUUGCGGCUCUUAGUUGAGAAAGCAUGCGGCGUACACACACUCGUACUUUGAUUCUCAGGCAAAAGAUGAAAACCGCUGAAAAGACCGAGGACAGAUAGUAGAGUGGAGCACAGAGUCCGACAGAAUCCCCUUUCAUCAGAUAAAAAAAAGCAAACGCUUGACUGUCAGUGUAAUCAAGUACACAGAUUUCAUGGAUUUUAGAUUGACUCCUCAAGUAGACUCAGACAGUGGAGCAUCAAUCUGCUAGUUGUCCUUUUUUUUAUUACUAGCUAUGGCACUUUGAAAACAAAAGAAAACAUGUUUAUACAUCAAGUUUGUUGUGUUUGUUUCAUUAGUUGAAAAAAAGAGGUUCCGUAACCAAGUUCCAUUUUGGGGCUGGAUACAGGUUGCUACGGUUGCUACAUUUUGUUUUAUUUGCUCUUUCUGGGAGGCAAACACAUUCUAAACAAUAAAUUAACAGUUUUCAACUCCAAUUGCACACAUCAAGAAAAGCUUACAAAGCGUCGGUAGAGCGAGCUCACUCUCACACCGCCUCUCUUGCUCACAUGCGCACUCUUGUACCAGUGUUUAUCGGAGUGUACAGUAUUUUUGACAAUGCGUACGAAAAGCAUUUGGAAAUUUCGGCUGUUUGAACCGUCUCGUCGGCUGUGGACGAGUGCUAUUGUGCGUUUUGUGGUGUGUUAGUAGAAUGGUAAAGGCUCAGGAUGUGUUCAGCCUCUCACACUGAACAGGCUACUCCAUAACAUUCAGAAAAGAUGACCCUUUCUCAUUGUCUCCCACACGAGGUCAAGGGUCUCUAAUCCGGUUUCAAUAAGGCCAGUUCAGCAAGAGCCGUUCACUGACAGGUUGUACCAACUCACACAUUCAAAGGUUGAACAAAAAGUCAAUUUAAACAACAUAGUUUAAAUCCAUCGUGUAUAAAUAAGAGAAUUUUAUUUCAAAAGUUCUUCAUGUUAUGAAAAAAAGGUUGCUUUGAACUGACUGGAUUGACGUGAAGUUCGUCCUAGGCCCGUUUCCCGCCCUGCCAAUGCCCCUCCCCGCCCACAAUAUGAUUAGAAGAGAAAACACAAAGUCCCAAAUGUUUCAUUGCAAUGAAACGUCAUGCAAAUAGAACAGAACAACGAUAGGCUAAUAGUAAUAGAAGAAUAGUAGUCAUAAUAAGAACAAUAAUAAUAGUAAAUAGUAAUAAAAUAAAAAAUAAUCUUACAAUGCAAACAUGACAGUAGUAAAUGCCUCCAGUUCUUAUUGCUACAGUUUCUUACUUACAGUGUUGUGUUGCCACUUGCUCUUGCCAGCACAGCCCCUCUCACAAACCUAAUCCCACCCCUCUGAUUCACAGUCUAAAAAGGGAAAAUAAAAACAUCACACAUAAAAGGUUCAUUUUCAGAGUCAGAAUUCACUGUCCCAGUCACGCUUGAUUCACAGCUUACUUUCCACACUGUCCCUCAAAGCAGCAACGCAGCAGUAAACACCAGUGUACACGGAUGACACGAGCAUACUGAUACAUAGGAUAAUGAUUUUUUUUUUUUUUUUUUAAACAAUGCUCAUCAUAAAUUCUGAAGCGAUUUUUAGACAGUGAAUUCAUGCUCUGUAUGCUCAUCCACGCAGACACUUAUAACCAAAGCCUUGUCUGGGCAGAUUGCUGACACACCUGUGCCGGAAGUACCGAAUAAGUACUUUUCUUUUUUUUUUUUUUUUCCUUUUUUUUAAAUUUGCAAAAAACAUUAAA